AUGGCCCCGUUUGAGGCACUUUAUGGGAGGAGAUGUAGGUCUCCUAUCGGGUUGUUUGAUGCGUUUAAGGUAAGGCCAUGGGGUAUCAAUCUUUUGAGAGAGUCACCAGAUAAGGUUAAGGUGAUUCAAGAAAAACUCUUGGCAACUCAAACUUAUGAGUUAGGUUUGCCCCCAGGUUUGUCAGGUGUUCAUCCAGUGCUCCAUGUCUCUAUGUUGAAGAGAUAUCAUGGUGAUGGUUCAUUUACCAUUCGUUGGGAUUCUGUCUUGUUGGAUGAGAAUCUUUCUUAUCAGGAAGAGCCUAUUGCUAUUUUAGAUAGAGAGGUUUGUAAACUGAGGUCGAAAGAGAGAGCGUCAGUAAAGGUUCAGUGA